AUGAGCGAUCCACUCUCGAUCGCAGCUGGCAUCGCCGGAUUCCUCUCAUUAGGCAUCCAAGUCACGCAAAAUUUGGUAGAUUUCUAUUCAGAAUACAAAGGCCAGGAUGCCAAUAUUGCAAAAUUCAUUCAAAAUAUAGAAAUCCUCCAAAGUACCCUUCGAUCUCUAGAAAUUGCAGUUCAACAACGCCAAUCACAGCCUGACGCAGAGGAUCUACUUCAAGAAGUCGAUAAAGCGACACGAGCCUGCCACGACAUAAUCCAGCCUCGAUAGGAGACUAUCAACUGGGUCGUCGAUGAGCUCCUGUGGCGGAAGCAUUGCUUCACCAAGACAAAAAUCGUCAGUGUCUUUGGUGGGGUAGCCAAGUCUGACACGAUCAUCUCGCCCGAGCUAAUCGAGGCUCUGACCCUGGCUACCAUACCUCUCGUGGAGCCACGCAAGGAUAUAGUGAGAAAUAAGUACCAGGUGCCUUUGGACCCUAGCUUGCGCGCUAUCUCAUUCCACGACUCAAAGGUCCUACUGAAAGAAACCAUCAAGACAGAAGACGACUGUCUCCUCUCAGUCUGUAGCGGAACGACUCUCUGGCUCCACGACGCGGAACCAUCUUCUCCGCUUCCUCCCCUGCGGAUCCGAACUAUGCCUCUUGGUCAUCCGUCAGGUGCCCAUACAUUAGGGGAUAUGAUAUGCAACAGCAAUAUAUACCCUUUGAUCACCAUGGAAGAAUUGGUUACUCAAGCCAUUCCACUUUGGAAUGAGAGUCUUUCGUCAGUUCAAAAAGACUGGCGAAGUCUGAAAUUUGAUGAAAAGGUUGAUUUCAGUCCACCAAUGCCGAAAUGGAAGGAGGAUGGUCACCGCGGUCUCUGCGGCCUUUUGCCUCAUUUGGAUUCCAAACUGAGUUUAAAUGUUCCCGAUAUCUACAGGGAUUGGAUUAAUGAUCGGCAAAUAAUCCUCCCGGAGCCGCCUACAUUCGGUUCCAACAAGCCACCAAUCAACAAUGCAAACCUGCGCUCUCAGUGUGCAAAGAAUGGACUCCAGAUAUUCGCAAAAAUUGAGAAUGUAGAUCUCCGUCCUGGCGGCCAGAGGCCUGGGGGGGGCCCUGGCGCGUUGAAGGCGCCCUCGCGAAACGAGCAUAUAUGUGCUACAGCCAUGCUCUUUUACGACGUGGCGAAUAUCUCAAUUCGCAAACUGUGCUUCCGCCAACGCUCGAGUCCUGAUCCUGCGUUGACCCGCGAGGGUCUUAAAGAAGAUGUACCUGCUUGGGCCAGGACAAUGAAUUGGAGGACUAUACAGGAGGAUAUUCUCGGCUACAAACCCCAAAGAGAGCCUCUAUAUCCUUUCAAAUCUUUCUACCUUGUUCCGACCCAGGAACUUGGUAAAGUGAAGAUUCCCGAGGGUAGGAUGGUGGCGUUCCCGAGCCUGAUGCAGCAUCGUUCAACCAACUUCAUAACCGCAGACAAACGCCUGCCAGGUUCAUGCAAGAUACUGUCUUUGUUCUUGGUGGACCCGCAUGUGAGAAUUAUCUCCAGUGCGAAUGUUCCUCCCAGCGAAAGGCGUGGAGGACGGAGAGGGAAUGGAUGA